AUGUUAUUAUUUAUAAUAUUUGCAGCAUUCAUUGACGCAAGCAAGUGCGUGAUAUAUUCUAAAGAUUAAACAAAUUUCUUUAAAAGCCUUCUGCCUUCAGUUAAUUAUUAUAUUGAAACAGGAUAUGUAAGUGUUGGAGAUUUAGCAAUAUCAGAAAAUAGAUUAUUUUAUUCUCUUCACUUGAAAGAGACAAUUAUGAAAAAGUCAGAUAUCAAACCAGAUGAUGAAUUUAUCCUGUGGAUUUAUGGUGGUCCGGGAUGUUCUUCUUAGGAUAGUAAUUUUAAUGAAAAUGGACCUAUCAGAGUAGAUGAUGAUCAGAAGUUGCACGCAAGAGAAACCUCUUGGAACAAAUAGGCACAUUUAAUGUACAUUGAUCAACCUUUUUUUGCAGGAAUGAGUUAUUCGACUAAAGAAGGAUUAAUAAAUAAUAGUUGGGAUGCAGCAGAUUAUGUAAUUGAAUUGUUGACUUAAUAUUUUGAAUAAAAUAAAGAAUUAUCUAAAGCAAGAUUACAUAUUUGGGGCGAAAGCUAUGGUGGGCAUUACAUACCUGUAUUGGCAGAGAAAAUAAAGAAAGAAACUAAUUUUAAUUUAAUUGGAAUAGGAAUUGGAGGAGCAUGGUCUCAUCCAAGAGUGUAAGUGAUACCCACAGUUCAAUAAUUAAUUAAUUAUGGAGUCAUUGAUCAGUACAGAUAUGAUUUAAUGAUGAAAUCUGGAAUUGAAUCAUUAGAAGCAAUAGACGAUUAAGAUUAUGAGAAAUUCUUAAUUGAAAGCGAUGAAGAAAUAUUCUUUAAUGAUGUUAUUGGACCCAAUUUUAGAUAUAAUAUUCAAAUAUAUAACUAUGAUGAUGGAGACUAGUAUGAAGAUUUUAUCAAUGAUCAUAAGAAAUAAUUUGAUCUUCCUGCCAACAUUACCUUUGAGGGAUGCAAUCAGGAUAUUUACAUGGCUUUUGCAGAAGAUCAAACUAUUUCAGUUCUUCCUUCAAUUGAUUAUUUGCUUUCAUAAGAAAUUAAAGUCUUUGUUUAUCAUGGUUAAUUGGAUACUGUCGUUUCUCAUACAGGAGUGGAAUAUUGGGUGAAUUUAUUAAAAUGGAAGGAAUUACCAAUCUGGAAAAAAUAAAAGAAAUCCAUCUGGAAAUUUAUUAAUCCCAAGACAAAAAUGGAAGAAACUGCUGGCACAAUUAAAUCUCAUAAGCAUUUGCAUUUUUGCAUGGUUUACAACGCUGGACAUAUGACACCCACAGAUUAGCCAGAAGCAUCUUUUUAAAUGUUGAAGAACUAUUUUGAGAUUUGA